AUGCCGGCAAACAGUCUGCUCAUUGAGACAUUCACCGAAUAUGCCAUCGGCAUGUGUUUCCUCGCUCUGAAGGUAUUCACCCGGGUACACAGCUUUGGCAUCCGAGGAUUGCAGCUGGAUGAUCUCUUCGCCGUGCUAGCUAUGAUAUUCUGGACCCUAGUCAGCGUCAUCAUCUUAUACCUCCAAAAAUAUGGCAGCAACAUCGCAGACGCCAAAACAGUGGACUCGUUCCCAGAUAGCAUGGUUCCCAACCUCAUCCUGGGCUCCAAGCUCGCCUUCACGAACUGGAUCUGGUAUUUGAGCUAUAUCUGGAGUCUCAAGGGUGUUCUUCUGUGUCUUUAUCAUAAGAUGACUGGACGAACCAGUGCCGGAACCCAUCGACAUCGCACCGUCUAUCUUGCUUCGGCGUUUUGCGCCAUCACGUAUCUAGCCUGUCUGCUGGCUCAUAUCUGCGUGUGCACUCCGAUCACGAAAAACUGGCAAGUUAGGCCGUAUCCAGGAGAAAAAUGCACCCUCCGCAAAGACCUCUACGUGGUAAUCGCCAUCCUAAACGUCGCCUCCGACCUCCUAGUAAUGAUCAUCCCGAUCCCCAUCCUCCUCAAACUGCAGAUCCCACCCGCUCGCAAAAUAAUCCUCAUCAUCCUCUUCUGCUCGGGCUUCUUCGUCAUGAUCAGCACCGUCCUGCGCGCCUACUACUCCAUCAAAAGCAUCAACACGUUGACCAUCGCGCUCGGCUGGGCCGACCGCGAGUGCUUCGUUGCGGCCAUCAUCGCCUCGCUGCCUGGGAUUAAGCCGCUGUUCCGCAACACGAGCUGGUUGGGUUCGGGGGCGCGCUCUGGGAAGCAGAUGCAUCAUCGGUUUACCCUCACCUAA